GGCGGCUGCUCGUCCUCCCGCGCGGCAGGCGGGGCGCGGGCCGGGCGCCGCCACAAAGGGGCCGCUGUCGCGCCGCCCCGUCCCGCGCGGGGAGCAGAGCUUGACCCGCCCCUGAGGCGGCCGGCGGCUCCCGCUCUACUCGCGCUGCCUCCAGUCUCGUCUCGCCGGCUCCGUCGGGCCCUCUCCCUGUGUCCCGGCCUACCUUCCCCGGCCAGCCGGCUCCACUCGCUCCAGUGCUAGGAGGGGGCCAUGCCCCACAGACCGACCUACGGACCGACCGACUGAUUCCGCGGCCCCGGAGAGGAGCAGCCCGUCACCAUGGACCCCCCAUCUCUGGACGCAGCCAUCCAGCAUGCCCUGGCAGGCCUCUAUCCCCCUUUUGAGGCCACGGCGCCCACCAUCCUGGGGCAGGUGUUCCGUCUGCUGGAUUCUGACUUCCAAGGGGAUGGGCUGACCUGCCUUCUGGAUUUCCUUAUUCCUGCCAAGCGCUUGUGUGAGCAAGUGCGAGAAGCAGCCUGUGCCCCGUACUCACAUUGCCUCUUCCUGCAUGAGGGCUGGCCUCUGUGCCUGGGGGGUGAGGUCGUGGUACACCUGGCCCCCCUCAACCCUCUCUUGCUACGCCAAGGGGACUUCUACCUCCAAGUCGAGCCCCAGGAGGAGCAGUCCGUCUGCAUCAUGAUCAAAUGCCUCUCCUUGGACCUCCGCACGGUGGACACAAAGCCUGUUCCCGUGUCGUCCUACCCUAUACUUUUCACCCAGACGGGGCUGGAGACUAUCAACAGUGACUUUGAGGGAAGCCCCCUUCACAACUGCCUGGUCGCUUCAGAAGAUGGGAUUGUCUCUGUGCCCUGGACCAAGAUAACCAGCCCGGAGUUUGUGGAUGACAGACCCCAAGCAGUGAAUGUCCUUUCCCUGGCCUGGGGGCCCCUUCAGUUAGAGGCCCUCGAUUUGAGCUGCCCUCCGGAGCUGCCCCAGCCCAAGUCCCCAGGCUGCCAGGAGCUGCAUGCCCAGAGCUUGGCCAAGGGCAAGGGCAGGACUUACGGAAACAAGUACCCAGGACUCAUCAAAGUAGAGCCAGCCAGGCCUGGGGAGGUGGCCUUCAGGAUGGACCAUGUGGCCAGCCAGGACUUGGAGGGAGAUUAUGUGGUCCUUCUGGAGAGCAGAGGAGGGUCUCCUAGUAGGGAAGUGGAGACAUCCCAUGGGUGUCCUUUGGGGGCAUCGGAGGAAUUAUCCAGAACUAAGCAAAUCCCUUUUGCUCAAAGAACGCCACCUCUCUCAGGCACCAGCGGGGGACCUUCCUUGAAAAAAUGGGCUUGUGAGAAGGCAGCAAGCUCAGAAGAGGAGCCCUGCAUUUUGGACUUGAGGAGAAAGAUCAACCAUAAGGUUGACUCACACACCCAUGACUCAGAACAGCAGCCCCGGGAACCCUACCUCAAUGUCCUUGAGAAGCCAUUACCCUGGGCCUCUGGCCUCGAGGCAGGUGGUUCAGAAGACCUGGCUUCCUCCACAAAGGUGCAGGGACAUCUGGCAAACCCAGAAAAUAUGGUCCAGCCCAGGCCUGACCCAAAACAAGAGUCCUCCCUGCAUCUGUGCCCAGCUUCCUCUCCUGCUACUCCAGUGGAAGAGAGGGCCAAACUGAGACUUUCCAAACCUGGACCUGGCCCCAGUCAGAACACCUCCUCCUCCAGGUCCCCCACUCCUGGGCUUAGAUUCUCCUUCUUGAAAGGGCAAAGGCAAGCCCCGGGGCCACCAGAGAAAGCCUCACUCCAGCACGACGGGCCCUGGAAAGUCUUGUGUUCGCUCUACUCUCCCAAACCCAACCGAGCCAAGGGCUUGGGGAAAGCUGGGACAACUCAGACCAAAGCAUCUGGCCCAGCUGCUGACUCAGGCCCACUCACCAGGGAAAAGGCUGGCUUUCCAGAAGGCCCUCCUAGAAGAGUCCCCGCUGUGGAUGAGGAGACCCCAGGGCCUGAACCGAGGAUGGGGGCUCUGAGUGUGGAGCUGUUCCAGUCAAGAAUAGCAUGUCUGCCAGGUGGUCGGGACAGGGCAGGGAGGCCCCUGCUUCUGGUGUCAACCACUGAGGGGGCCUGGGAGGCACCGUGGUGCACAAGCUCAGAAGUCACCAAGCUGCUUUCCUACCUGUGCACUGUCCCCAGGCCUGAAGAUAAAACCAAGGGGCUGGCUGUUGUGAUUGAUGCCAGGAAACAGCCCCCGCAUCCUGGUCUGGUCAGUGCCCUGCAGGCCACCCAGGCUCUGGCCCCAGCCUCCAUGGGUGCUGUGCUCUACCUGGGGGACGAGGAGGCUGCUCUCCAGCCAGGGAUGCUGCCUGACAUCCAGGUAGAGGUGGUGACCUCACUGAAGGCUCUCGGCCACCACGUGGACCCCAGCCAGCUGCCCCCAGCCCUGGAGGGCUCCCUCCCCUACUGCCACUGCGAGUGGGUGCAAUUCUUCCAGAAGUUGGACCCUUUCCUUGCUGACCUCCGCCGGGCCGCCUCCUUGCUAAAGGCUUCCAUCAACCAGAUUGAGAAGAGUGAGCCCCCUGGAGGGGUGCAGGAGGCCUCCAGGUGUCUGAGCAAGUCCAAGGAGCUGAUGGAGGCCGUGCUGAGGGACCCAGGCCUGCUGGGCUUCCAGCGGGAAGGGGGAGCCACUCUGGCCAAGCUGCGGCUGGAAGCUGGUAGGCUGGAUUCCAACCCCAAUGUCAGGAGCCAUCUGGCUGAAGCUGUCGCCUUAUACGGCCUCGUGGAUGAGCGGCUGCAUGUCCUAGUCAGUGCAUCUAACCAUCUUCUGGGGAGGCUGGAGCUCCGGAUCCGCCUGGGCCGUCUGGAAGCUGCCAUCCUCCAGGUCAGCAACUGGAUGGAGCAGGAGGGGAGCCGGUGCCUGCAAGCGCUGACCCCCAAAGACAGAAGCUUGGAGACCGUGGAGAAGGCACACAUGGAGUUUGAGGACUUCUUUCUCCAGGCUGCAGCCCAGUACCGCCGUGGCCUGGAGCUGUCCAAGCAGGCGGCUGAGCUGGGAGCCACAGCCAGAGGAAGCAGCGCGGCGGGAGGAGCAGAGUUCCCGGAGCUGGCAGCCUUCGCUUCCACCCAGCGGGCCUUCCAGGCGAAGCUGACCCACUUCUACAUGGCAGCUGAGCGGCAGCGCACGGACCUGGAGACGCUGCUCCACCUGCAUCUCUUCUGCAAGAAGAUGACCUGGUUUCACACAGACUGCCAGGACCUGAUGAGGCAGCUCAGGCUGGGCAAGGCCCAGAGGGCCAGCCCCGGGGACCAGCGCCGCCUCGACCGCUACCGGCAGCGCCUGGCCUUGGAGUUCCCCGCAGAGAAGCUCACGGCCAUGGGGCUGCAGGUGGCCUCACUGAGCCAGGAGGGCCUGGGCCAGGACCUGUGGGAGGAGGCCCGGGUGAGGCACGAGGAGAUCCAGACCCUUCUGAAGAAGGCCCUGGCCCACUGCCCAUGCCCAGAGGGGCCCAAGGCCCGCUCAGCACCCCCGGAAGUCAGAAGGGCAGCUCCCAAGGGCCAGGGUCCGAAUGGAGAUGUUGCUUCCAGAGGAAGGUGGGGCCUGCCCCCUUCGGACUUACCGGGCCUGGACCAUUUACCAAAUCCCUGCUGGCCUCGGGCCCACAGAGAGGGACAGAACAGAAAUGUGAAGGUGGGCUUUCUGCCCCAGGAAGCUGGUCGGGCCGUAGAGGCUGAAGAAGGCAAAGGCCCCCAGGAGCCCUUUUGGUUUCCAGCCCCUGAGCCCUUCUUUGACCCCCUCUUCUCCCGGCAGCGACUCCUCAGGCAGAACAAGGCCCCCCACCCUACUGGGGGCAGCUUCUCCUCGGAGGGGACAGACUCACAGACGUCUCUGGAGGACUCACCCCAGACGAGUCCCCCUGCCUCCCUCUAGCUAGGACCUCCACCAAUGGCACCAGGCCUCAAGGGUGGCUGGGGAGGGGCCCAGCGACAGGAGGGAGCCCCAGCUGGGGCUCGUGAGCACUCACUGUGUGUUUGACCCACGCUGGGAGAGGGGAAGAAGCUGAACCUGUUCCCCUGCCCCAGAAACUUCUAGAAAGACGUGACUCACCAUCAGAAUAGUGAGAAUGGAGAGCAAAGCAGGACACGGUGGAGCCCAGGACCGACUCCACAACCCCCGGGGCCCGUGGUGGAAAGAGCUGUUGGUACAGACCCUUUCAGAGGUCUUAGUCUCAGGCAAGCCAGACACCCACCGGGAGUGCAGGGGUGCAUAAGCUGCCCCUGGGGGCCCACGGGACCCCGUUGCCAGAAGUGGGGGGGAUUCGGGCUCCGCUUCUGAUCCAGGACGGGGAUCCCGGUGGCUUUUUAUUUGGCUGUGAUUUCAGGAACCAGUGGUGGAGGAGAAGGGAGGUGAGUGGGAGGAAUAAAGGGUGUGUGGUCAAGUGAAUCCCGUGCUGGCUGAUGGUUUCUUCUCUGGGCCGGCCUGGGGCAAAGUGAAUCCCAGAAAGAGGAAGGGCAGGGAAAGCUCGCUCUCUCGCUGGCUCUCGCUCUCAAGGGCUCCUCCCACGGACAAGGCCAUCCUCUCACCCUCCAGGGUUCCUGGUCUGGUCCUCUCUCUGGGUGCUCCAGAGAAAACCCUCUCCCCCUCUGAUGUUCUGUCUUCUCUCGCCCCGCACCCAUUUCAGACUCUAUGAAUUCCACUCCCCCCACCCCAGGUCCCCACCCCACUCGCCCUGCUUUAGGCAACGCUUCUGGUGCCCAGUGUCUUAGCCUCGUGCUGGUGGUUGGGGUGGGUGAGAGCGGGGAGACCACAUCUCCAUCCAGCAGGGGGAUGGGCCCCUCUGAUCUCACGGCGAAGCGGGGGAGUGAAGUUCUUGUCCCACGGAGUUGAAGAAUGAAUUUUGGGGACAAAGGAGAGUGAGUAAUGAGGUGGAGUUUUACUAAACAAGAACACAGACAAAGGAAUCUCGGGAGUGAGAGGGGUCCUGACAGGGAGGCCGAUGUGGGUCCCCAUUGACACUCUUUUAUUUAGGACUGAUCGGGGCCCUGUGGCCUUAUCAUUCUUGUGCUGUCUUGGUUUGAGUAAGGACCGGUGAUAACAUCUUGAAUAGCCUCCUUCUUCUUUGGGGUCAAGUUAUUCUUUGCUGGUCACAAUGUGACUGUCAUAAAAAGAUUCCCCACCUCUGACGCCUAGGGCAGGGUCGUCUGCUUUGUUCCUUUAUUUCUGGUUUUGUUAGGCCUCAGCAUUUCUGGAAUUUCUGUGAGCCUAAUCAUGUAGCUCCUUACCUAUCUCUCUCUACCUAGCCCUGCCUGUUGCUUCUCGAGUAUCUAAAGAUUCUAUUUAUUUAUUUGACACACACAGAGAGAGGUCACAAGUAGGCAGAGAGGCAGGCAGAGAGAGAGAGAGAGAAGCAGGCUCCCUGCUGAACAGAGAGCCCGGUACGGGGCUUGAUCCCAGGACCCUGAGAUCAUGACCUGAGCCGAAAGCAGGGCUUAACCCACUGAGCCACCCAGGCACCCCUCUUCUUGAGUAUCUAGAAGACUGCCAGGCUUUCACAUCACCCUGAGUAACCCUGGCUAGCACCUCCACUGAAGGUCAUUUUGCUGGGAAAGGGUGAACCCCCCCAUCUCCAUCUAGAAUGCAUUAACAAGGUGGCCUCUGGGGGCCUGGCCCUGGAAUUUUCCUGACUCUGGGCAGAGGGUGGGUACUCAGCUCAGCUCUGGAAAGAGAGGGAGGCGGGACUGGAGCAUGCCUAGGGGGACUAGGCGAGUGUUUCUUUGGAGACAGCUCAGCAAAGAAAGUAACACAAACCUCAAUGCCCAAGAUGGCUUCAGCAAUCUUCUAGGACUCCAGAUUUUUUUCACAUGUGCUCUGUGGCCUGUCUGCCUCAGAGCCUUGAGCAGAGCUGAUCAAAGGCAGCUUCCUAGGGGGUCCCACCCAGAUAAUUAAAAGCAGGGCCUGGGAGCCAAGGCAGGGCUAGAAUCUGCCUUUGUAAUCAAGAGCUCAGGUGUUUCUCCUGUGACAAGGCGAGGUGGGGUAUGGUGGGACAACGCUUGGAGCUGGGGUCCGAGCGGGGCUGGCCCCCCCAGCCCAGGCCAGCUUUCAUUCUUACGUUCCACUCUCCUGCCUUCCAUCCACACUGGCCAGAGGAUGCAGGAGGCAGUUGCUGAGCCCACCUCCAUCCAUGCCUGUCGCCUCAGAGGGGGGCUGAAGGCUCUUGAAAUGCUGUUGCUAUAGCAACAGCAUCCAACCAGUGGGGACCACAGGCAGGGAGCCAGGGCACCUGGGGUGCAAGGAUGGAAACUAACUUUGGAGAGAGGAGAAUACAGACGCUGCAAGGGAAAGGGGGGAUGGGGAAGGGGAUGGAUGGUUCCAGAAUCCUUACAAGGGAGGGCUCCCCAAAGCCAUCUUGUGCAUCCCUCUGUCUCUAAAAAGAGCCAACCCCCAACACCCCGUCUACAUCCAGCAGUGCAUGGUGGGGAGAGGGGAUGCAGAAAUGAAAUCUAAUGAUGAAUAAUGACAUAUACAAAUAAUAAAUAAUAAUAGUAAUAGCUAA